GAUACCUUAACUAGGGCAGAAUGGGAUCGUCUUUCAAAGGAUUCCCAUUUAAAUAAAAAUUAUGAAGAAUUUGAAAAAAAUGUAAGCGAUAGUAGUAAAAUCCUUAAUGUCUGCGAUUCAUUAAAGAUCACUAAUACUAAGAUUACGAAAGAACUUUGUAAUAAAGUAGCCGCAAAUUUACAAUAUGUAUAUGACAUAAAGGAAGAGGACAAAAAAAAAAAUACUUGUCGACUAUACAAAUACUGGACAUAUGAUCAAAUGUGGAAAUUUCUUGGAGAUAAUAAGGAUCCUAAUCAUGUAAAAAGUGUUAUAACAGAUUUUUUGAAUGUGCGGGAUGGCGUUAGUAAAAAGAAUAGUAAUUAUAGUUGUCAAUAUUAUUUUCAUAACAAGAAUUUCCAAGAUUUGAAAGAAAACUUAGAAAAAAAAAUUUUGUAUGACUAUUUUAAAGACUUUCAGUCUAUUAAGAGUAAUGUCCAUUCAAAGGCUAAAUACGACCUAUAUAAUAAAUAUAUUACUUAUAUUAAAAGCUUAUAUGAUGAAUAUGGAGAAGAUUGCACUGAUCCUAUUGAUUUCAUGGAGUAUAAUUGUGAUGAAUAUUUUGAACAAGACAGCAAGGCCUAUGAUCCAAAUGAUCUUCUAACAACGUUAAAAAAAUAUAAAGGACAAACAUUAGAUAGUAAUAGAGGACCAUCAGCUGAUGAUAUGCCCCCGGAACUUAAGGCAUUUUUGGCGAUGCGUAGUACUGGUGGAAGAACUGAAAAUUUGCCAAAGGGUCCUGAACUCCAACCUCCAAAAGGUGCAGGUGCCAAAGAUCAAGGAUCUAAGGGUCCGGCAGAACCUGCACGUCCUGAUGAAUCCGUAA